GUUAUAGUUUUGUGUCAAUGAUCAAAGACGGUAAUCAUGGUGCCAAUGUUUUGUAAUAAAUGCUAUAGACAGCGAGAUUUGAAUCAUGCGUUACAAUUAACUAGAUGCUAUCACGUCGUUUGUGACAAAUGUUUCGUCAAACCAAAGUCGCCAUCAGCUGGUAAAAUUUGUCCGGUUUGCAAAAUUCGCACAAACGGAAUUGCAAUUAAUCGCGAUAUGCCCAAGAAUGUGGCCAACUAUUUUGCAGAUCCCAAAGAGUAUUUGAAAAUGUAUCGCAGCAUUAGCAAAUUCCAGUGUGAGCAACGUGCACUCUUCUACAAUAAUUUCUAUGAGCAGCAGAAAGGCCUUGCCGAUAAAAAGCAUAAGCUAGAAGGCUUUGUAAAGGUGGAGGCUCAAUUGCGUCAGCAGAUCGAGGAUGAGAAGAAACGCAUCGCUGAAUUGCGCAACUACACCAAUUAUUACAGCCGUGACGAAUCAAUGCAGUCUGAGACCGAGAUGCCUGGCACAUCCCAAAAAAUGCAACGUCCCCGCACCCCCGCUUUAAAUUCCACCGCUUCAACAUCUGAUAAUCAAGCUCAUCUGGAUCAACUGAGAGAAUUCAAACAGCUGAUGCUGCAAAAGCCGACGCCAAAAACAUCAAACAUCCCACGCCGUCGCGCAUCAUCAUCGACCGACAGAAGACCAAGGAACUUUGAUUUCGAUUGAUUUACUCAUGCUAUGGAAAAUUUCCAGGAAUCAGCAGCUAAGUAUUAAUCUCUCAUAUACAUACAUACAUACAUCUUUAACUAUUACUAUGUGAACAAAUAAAUUGAUCAGUAUAUUUUCAUUAUC